AUGGCGGCUGGGUUAAGUGAAGAUGUCUUCCCUCCGCUAACGUUGCUGCUCAAGGUGAGAAAAGUUGCCGAUAAAUACUUUAAAGGAAACACUGGAACAUAUAUUUUUGUAGGACAGCCUUUAAUUUUAUUCACUGACAGGAGCCUGAUCGUGCAAGAUCAAAUUGCCCUACUACGAACAACUUAGAGGUGACACAGGUUUUCCGAAAAUACAAGCCUAGUAUGACCAUAAGAUUGGGAUACCAUUUAGAGAGUUGGGAAAUCUUACCCUCUUCUGUGUCGGACUAGGGGAGUCAGCGAACAAGACUUUUCUCUGCGACCUCGAUCGAGUCAACGUCUUUAAUUAAUACCUUCCACUUUCCGCUGAAUGUAAACCGACAGGUCGAUGAUUCUGUCUGUGGUUAAAAUUUUUCAAGUUUCCCAGCAUCCACGCUCCUGGAUGAGCUUUAAACAUUGGCACUUCGAGACAGUUUAUGGAUUCUUUUGCCCAAAAAGAAAAAAAUACAGAAAACUAUGAGACAAAGGAAAUGAGAGACUUAAAAGUUGAUUAUGAUUAGAAAGGCCCUUAUAUUUUCCAGAUAUCGUUCCCCGCUAGUACUUAUUUGUUCAUUCUGUUCAAUGACUCAUUCUAGGCUCAGUCAAAAGAAUUUGUGCGCACCCUUUUCCACGAAGCUUUUAGUUACAGAAGUGAUGCAGGUCAGUGUCCUUUAAAAGGUUUUUUUUGUUUGUUUUCAGUGCACAAUUUAUUUUAGGUUGCUAGCGUUUCGUAUUUUUUCUAAACAACACAUUUAUGAAGAUGUCAUAAGGUCCACCGAUUGUCUAAAAUCACAGCCUAAGUUAAGCUUUUCUGGAUUAACCCUUAAAUUUCAAUCUUAGGACUGAACAAUGAUAAGUAUCUCCUCGGAAUUAACAAUUUGAUGUUAUCAAUCAAGAUGAAUAUGCUAACUUAAAAGAAAUAUUAAUAUAUUUUUUUCUUUUUCCUCUUAGUCUCAGUAUCUGUUCUCAAAAAUGUAGCAGCUUCCUUAGAUGCAGGACUUGAUGAGGCAAGAUUGGUAUGAGAAUGAACACCUCACUCAUUUGUUAGGGGCACAUUACUACAGCCUAAGAUCAUGCUUUAGUAGGAAAAGUUUAACCAGGCUUGGUUACAUCAUGUUGUAGAGUGCCAGACUGUCAUGUGGGAGGUUGAUGGUUCAAGCCCCAGACCAGACCAACACUCAGGGUCUUAAAAUAACUGAGGAGGAUGUGCUGCAUUUGCUAUGAAAUCUGCAAUUGGCUAGGCAUUCUGAUCGUCUUGGAUGAGGAAAGUAAACUGUCUCCUGCAUCUUCUCUGUACUGUUUAGCAAGGGAUGAACCCAUACAUUUCUCACACAGAGUUGGGAAUGUAGCUUGUAGUGUUGUAGUCUGGCCUUGUUAUUGUUUAUUUGGUUCCCCAUAUAAACCAGUUUUAAAAAUGAAUUGGGCCAGAUUGUCUAAAUAUCACAAGUAAAUAAAUUUUAGAAAUCAAAUUAUUUCUGAUUUAUUGAUUCAUUAAUUACUUUGUAAGACAGAAACUGUUUCAUUUGAUUGUAAUGUAUUGUUUUAGUUAAUGGAGAGCCUUGUGGCAGUGGUCCGUGCAGCAUUGUUUGAAUGCCUUACAGACCCAAAAGCAGUAUAUGAUUUGUUUCCAGGUAUGUAAACACUAAAAUAUUUAUAACAUAUUUUAAAUUAGGAUAUUUGUACUACCCUUUCAUUUCUGCCCAGCAAUCAAAGGUCUUUGGGUUAAUUUCAAGAUACUGAACAUCUAUGUUAAGCAAGGUACAAUGGAAAAUGCUGAGUCCCUAGAGAGGAUUGGAACCUCAGACUUGCUGAUUUUGCAUCAGUUAGCAACCUGAGAUUUUACACAGCGCAACUUGGCUCAAGGGGGUUUUUUGAGUAGCCACUGAUUGUGGGAUUUGUUAAAAACCUUGAAACCUUAGUGGUACUUAUUUUGGGGAUGAAAACUCAAGGAUUUUACAAUUGAUAUGCAAUUGGUUACAGCUAUGUCACCUCUAUGAACUAAAGAUACUUUUGGUAAUACUUUUUUAGAGAACUUUCACAAGAAUCUUAGAGAACUUAUUUCCAAGAUUAUUGCUGAAAAUAUGUGAGUGUUCAACUUUUUAAUACAAUCUAAUUAACUGUUACGUAUGAGACUCUGAAACUGUUACAUGAACCCCAAUUAUCUAUGUUAGUGAACCACUGAAAAACAAGCAUGAGGUGUUCUUUAGGGAUGAAGAAAGAUGAAAAAGUGAUGGUUGUGAGGAGAAAGCAAGGAAAAAUUUCCCCAGUGAACUAUUGAGAUAGAAAUAUUCCUACGCAUUAUUGAUGGGCUUUGCCGCCGAACUUUACCCUAAGUAGACAAUCUUCUAGCCAGAAGGAAUCCGUCAAAUAUUUUCAGUCAUGCAUUCAAGUUUUUGGUGAUUUUGCUGUUUUUAUUUGUCAGGCCCCUGUGGAGGACAAAUGCCAUUAACGAGCAAGGUAGAGUGAUAUUAGUAAAAACUGUUAACGCAGACCUGUUUUGUUUUGCGUUUAUCCAAAAUUCCGAUUCGGUUAUUAAAAAGUUUUAUUUACUGGAGGCACAUCUGACAAGAUAAAAGAAGAGAACUUUUGUUUCCAAACACGAAACAGUGUAAUUCCAAAACGGAGGAUUUUUAAAACUUGUUCAACAACUUAUAUUAAAAAUGAAGACUUGCCCGUCGCGGUUGCCUUCACUCGCCCGAAAAUACGAAAAAAGAGGAAAAACAUGACGCUUCUGCAGGCUGAACAGUAGACUACGUUUAUAUACAACAAUCGAAAUGCCGAAGGUUUCUGUGCGUGUAUAAACUAAGAGAGAUGAUGAAGUUUUGAGCUUGUUCGUUGUGGUUAUCAGUGUUUGGUCAUUUUGUGUUUCAAGCUAAAAAUGACGCUCUAAGUUUGGGUGGAAGGCUGUUCUCCCUCCCCCCGCCCAGUGUUUGACUGACUUACUGUGUUUUUUUUUGUGUUUUUAACAGUUUCAUUGCCAAAGCUGAUUGACUUUGAUUGGAGAGUGGAUGUCAAAACGUCUUCGAACGUCAUCAGCAGAAUGUCUAUGCCGACGUGUAUUAUGCAGCUACAGGUUUGUUUUAAGAAAACCGAGUUUACCAUUCUAUUCUUGGAACUAUAAAUUCUUGUUCAGCUUUCAAAUUUCUUUGAAUUAUUUCAGUCUCUUGGGUCGAUGCGAUUGUUACAGGUAUUUCUAGAUAAAAUCGAGUUUAUUGAAAACAACAGUAUUACACUGACUUGUCUUUGUCAAAAUAUAAAGAAGGUAAGAAAGAUGUUUUUUCGUCUUGUCACGAGCGUGGGACAAAGAAAAAAUUCUGAGUCCCCAUGAGGAAUCGAACCUCAGACCUUCGGAUGUGAGCUACGUGAGUGAAGUCUAUUACGAAGUUCAUAUGACACGCGUCCUGCAUACUGCUAGGAUCAGCAAUGUCGAUAGCGUCAUGUUUUUUGGAUAGAAAUAAUUUUUUCUUUGUCCCACGCUCGUGACAAGACGAAAAAACAUCUUCUUAAUUCUUCACCGAUCUGAAAACUUACCAUCUCUACUAUUUCUAUAAAGAAGGUAUUUAUCGUACACGUUAGUAUCGAUUUCGCAGAAGGAUGCUUCAUCAACAAGUUAACAGAGAAUCUUAGGAAAGUUGUUAUUAAUUUUGUUAUUAAUUCCUCUGCUCUUUGUGAUAUGGUGUUCGGCGAGCCAACCAAUAAACCGCUGCCCCUGUCAAGUUUCUUACAGCAACUGACACUUUCCAUUCGUACAGGAUACAUCCACACUUUUGAGUGACCAUUUCUGUUUUAUUUGAAGGUUCAAGAAAAUGCCACAGAACAGAAUUCAAUGCCGUCAGUGCGGCGUCUUAAUGUGGAACUGACUAAGGAGAAACUUGACACCAUGUUGGAUGGACUUGGGAAAAUACGAGAUCAACUCUCCUCGGUUUCAAAAUAA